AUGCCUCAAUCGUCCCGACACACAACCUCGGUCAAUGGAUCGAGUGGCUCACGAAAUACCCACACCAACACCCAGCAGAGUAGGUUUCAACGGUCCCAGACCGAUCCUACUUUUCAAGCUUCUGGUCGUACAACAUUAGACAGCUGCUUCCGCAGAUCACGCAGGUCGAAUACGACAGGAAGCGUGAAACAGUUUGUGAGGUUCAGUGAUUUCGACAGAGUUCACUACUUCUGGCCUCUCGAUGCUGUCUCUCGUAGGAUUGAUGAUGACACCACCACCCGAAAUGAGCAGCCUACCACUGAGGACUGGAGAAACCUUAUCCAAGACCCUGCCGCUUCUUAUGAUGAUGUAGGCGCACGCCCUGAACCCAAGGAGAGGAGAAACACAACAUCGGCUAGCAGUGGGCCUUCUUAUCGAGACACGUAUGAAAUCGAUGGGUUCGACAUGAUGGCAAUGACAACAGAAGAAGCUUUGAAGGAGAUAAUCCCCUCCAUAGCAGAACCCUGGGUGAAACUGAUCACAACAGUCCUUUCUAUCAGCUCAGAUGAUAAGCAUGCAGGUAGGAGGAAAGACGGGCAUCGAGAGUCUGGCAAGAGUCACUCGGAUCGUUCAAGAAGACGACGAUCUGACUCUGGGCGCUCUGGUCAUCAUGACGACGAGCGGGUCAAUGGAGGAAAGAGAGGGUCAUCCUCAAAGGACGUUAGUCAUUUCGAUCGGGAUGACCAUGAAUGGGAUGAUCCGGAGCAUUCAAGGCAUCGGCGGCGAGAAAAUAGACAUCGCUCUGAGUCCCCCCCAGUCACUUGGGGAGAAGUGCUUGACAGGAUGGACUCUUCAGGCAGUGCGAGGAGAGCACGCCAGGGCGUCACACUAUCGCAAGAUGAGAGGGAUAGAGACGAUCAGCGUCAUGAUGCAAGGCGAGCGCGUCCUGCGCACCGGGGGCGUGACGAGACAACACCGUCGUCACCCGAUGAUAGGGCGUCUACUUCCUCGAGGCAGCCUCUUACCCAGCAUGCGCCUAGCCCAUACGCCCCUCCCCCAUCUGGCGAUAGCUCAAGACGAGGUUCAGCGUCACAGCGGGCGUCGCCUCCAGGGGCUGGCAGUCCUCGAUGUACCGAGGCAAGCAGAACGGUGACGGAGAAGAGAACAAGCGCGUAUCCAAUAGAGACUGUCGAUCGCGAUGGAUCCUUGCGGGUGGAGCAUGUCACAGUCAGCUCGGCGCCUGUUCAGAUCAACGAGUAUUAUUACAGAGACCCCCGACAUAGUAGCGACGACAUCAUCAGAGUUGAAAGAGAAACGAGUGACGUCGACGCAAACUCUCAAUAUGCCCCAUCUUCCCGAUAUACGCCCACCAAAGGCCAACCUGGGUACGUGAGUCCAGAAAGGCAAGACGUUGAGCGAGAACGUCUUUAUGCCCCAUCUUCCCGAUAUACCCCCACCAAAGGCCAGCCUGGGUACGUGAGUCCCGAAAGGCAAGACGUUGAGCGAGAACGUCUUUCAAUCACCAUAAGAGACCAACCACGUCAGGCAAGUGAACGAACUUCGCCUCCGGGUCAAUCGCAAAGACGCUCUGAAUACGGUGUCGAGAGGCCUGACAACUCGGGCAGAGCUGGUGCAGAUAGGCCUCAGGGGAAGGGAGCAGACAGCAGCUACUUUCCUUCAGAUCAGUCUUACACCAACGGCAACCACUCACCAAGGGAACAUGCCCAAAGAUCUGAAGGCCGCUUUUCUCCAGGAAGGUAUGAAGAUGCACCAAGGCAAGGAUCGAGCCACUCAACAAGAACGCCUCUAUCGCCUAUCAAAGGUGUCAAAUACGUCCAAGGCCUGCACUCACACCCUCCGAUGGAUAGAAGGAGGAGUCACACAAGGGAAAGCGAGCUCAACUGGGGCCGUAAGGAGCAGAAUUCCUCUAUAGAUGGAAGACGUCCUAGCUUCGCCAAGAACGCAAUCUCAGCAUCGCCCCAGUCUUAUUCACCUACUUCAACCAUGCCGUCAUCGCCGUCCCGUAUGAACCAUGAUUAUCCUAUGAGCGACCAGCGCACGUCGCAUGGCGAAAGCUCGUCAGCGUCCAGAGCAUACCGACCACAGAGACCUUCCCUAGGGCAAGGGAGUCUCCGCCCAAUGGUGAUCGAAGUCGAAGGCAGUCCCAAGUGGCGAGCCCGACACAGUCGGAUAUCCUCCCAAAGUAGUCGUGUCUCCGAGCAGAAGCCAACUCAUUCCCGCGAAAAUGGCAAAAAGUCCUCGAAAAAGCCCGCGUACGACGAUCCUUAUUCGGAUGUAGAAUCGACAGCCGGGGUCUCUGGGGGCAAAGGGCGUACAGGAAUGGAUGAAAAUGAGCGGCGACGGCUGGAACACAGGAGGAUGAGCAUGUUUCAGAACGACGUAGAGGUUGCCGAAAAGCCCAGGAGGUGA